AUGGAGGCCGGGCCUGAGGUCAAACCGACUCUUUCAACGGCGGCGGCCAUCCUGCAGACAAAGGAAGACUUUUUCUUGGCAGUGCAACAUGGAGAUCUUGAUGUUGCCAAGGAAGCAGUUGAGGUGGCCCAGCCUCGAUUGACGAUGAAUGGAUGGACCUUGCUUUUCGCGGCCGCGGCGCGGAAUGCGAGCCUCGGGGGAGCCGAGGUUCUGUGCCGCCGUUUGAUUGCCAGGCAUGUGAAUGUGAGAGGCAGCGAUAAGAAGGGACGGACUCCGCUUUUCUACGCCGCAGAAUCAGGUCACGCCUCGCUUUGCGCGUACUUGGUGACCCGAGUCGGCAUGUCGGUGGAUGAUGAGGAUGACUCUGGCCUUACUCCACUUGCUUGCGCCCUGAAAGCCGGUGAGAUCGAUGCAUCCGUCACUCUGCUGAGGCAGGGAGCCUCGCUGGGUUAUGUGAACAGCAAAGGUAUCGCAGUCUACCAGUUCGCCUCCGAGUACGUCCUUGGCCUCCUUCAAGGGAGAAAGGGGCAGUGGGUAAAACCAAUCGGCACUAACCGGAAGCGAAGUCUUCGAGACUCCCAAGCUUGCGACCUCGUGACCCUCGAGGAAUGGGCUGCAAAGCGUCCGAAAUGCUCUGCAGCGGGGGAGCCCAUCGUGAGACACCUGGCCGACCGAGUCAUCGUCGAGAACGAGACCCACGCCGUGUUCGUACCUCUCAAAGAUCCAGAGUUGCGAAAGGUGCGCCUUCUCGAGAAGGGGCUGGUUCUUGACCAGGCGCGACUCUUUCAAAGCGAGCUUUUUGUGCAUGCUAUGCCUCCAGAGCAUUGGGCCGAUACACUGGGCACCCAUUCGACUGAAUCUGUUGCCACCAACCGAAUACGCAGGGUCGUGCAGUCAACAUCUCAAGACAGUGAGACGAUCGUUGCUGCAGUUUGCCGUGCUUCCGGGCACAUCGUUGGCUUCUCUCGUGCUUCCAAAAGGCCGUUUGCGGAGCUGUACAUUGAGACGCUGAAAGUACAGGCUGGCCACGAGCUCCAGGGCAUCGCGCGACUGAUGAUCCAGGCGGCCGAGAUUGAGGCCGCCAAGAAAGGCUUCGCAACUGCGAAGGUCGGGUCCCGCUGCCUGCGCCAGAAUGUGAAUGCACAGCGCUUCUUCAAGCGGCUCGGGUUCACUGAGGUACCUGAGCCUGCCAACACAGACCUUCAUAGCCCACUCGUUGAUUGCAUUAAAUUCGAAAGAGCAGUCGCCGUGCGCCAUCGGGUCAGUAGUAAAUCCUCGAUGUAG